UUCAUUAGAGCUCUUUUUCCUCUUUUAGGGUUCUCAUCAAUCCAUCCUCAUAAGCUCCCAAUCGCCUUUUUGAGAUAUAAAAUUCAAGAGGAAAUCUUUUUGUUUCUGAUGUGGGGGUUGUCGUAGUUGAAUUGCUUUUUGUAAGAUAGAAGAAGAUUAUAAAUAGCUGAAGAAAUUGAUUUAGGCACUCAUUGAAAGAUAUGGCUGCUCCUUCUUCAUCGGUGUCGGUGCCGUUCUUCGGAAUCUCAAGAGAAGAGGAUCAAAACCUCCAGAUGACACAACAACAUUCCUCAACUACUACUCCAAAUUCUUCAAGUUUAGCUCCUGCUCCGCCGCCCCAAAAGAAAAGAAGAAACCAGCCUGGAACACCAAAUCCAGAUUCAGAAGUGAUAGCACUAUCUCCCAAGACACUAAUGGCCACAAACAGGUUCAUAUGUGAGGUAUGCAACAAAGGAUUUCAGAGGGAGCAAAACCUACAACUCCACAGAAGAGGACACAACCUCCCUUGGAAGCUUAGGCAGAAGACAACAAAAGAAGUGAAGAGGAAAGUGUAUUUGUGUCCUGAACCCACUUGUGUCCACCAUGACCCUUCUAGGGCUCUUGGUGACCUCACUGGGAUCAAGAAACACUAUUCAAGAAAACAUGGUGAGAAGAAGUGGAAGUGUGAGAAGUGCUCAAAGAGGUAUGCUGUGCAGUCUGAUUGGAAGGCACAUUCUAAGACUUGUGGCACUAGAGAGUAUAGAUGUGACUGUGGCACUCUCUUCUCAAGGCGUGACAGUUUACUCACUCAUAGGGCUUUUUGUGCUGCAUUGGCACAAGAGAAUGCAAGAAACCCUCAAACCUCUUUGAGCACCAUUGGAAGCCAUUUGUAUGGAAAUAACAACACCACUAACAACAUGAGCUUAGGCUUACCAUCAUCUCACGUGGACUCCCAAUUUCAAGAUUCAACAAGCCAUGCUAGUCAUGACGUCUUAAGGCUCGGUGGAGGUACAGACCAUAGUGGAGGACGAUUCGAUCAUCUCCUACCACCAUCAAUGGGUUCUUCAUCAUCACCAUUUCGAGCUCCACAACAACAGCCCAUGUCCUUCUCUCCGUUCUUCAUGCAAGAAACAAACCAAUCCUAUCUUCAUGAAGGAGUACUAUCACACCAAUCUCAAACCCAAAACACCAGGCAGCAGCCAUUUCAUGGACUAAUGCAGUUUGCUCCUCAUGAUAUCGAAGCCAACACAAAUAACACCAAUCUCUUCCACCUAAGCUUUCCCUCCAAUGGCUUUCCCUCCAAUGGUGGUAGCAGCACAACAAGCAACACCAACAAUUCUAAGAACAGUAUCAAUGGUGUACCGUCUUCAGGCUUGCUUGUAUCUGAUCCUUUCGACGCCCAAAAUGACAAUGCUGGUGGCGGUUUAAUCUGCGGAGAUCAUCAACAAAUCAGCUCUGCUGUUCCUUCUCUCUUCAGCUCCUCAUUAUUUCAAAACACCAAUGUAAUUCCACACAUGUCAGCCACUGCAUUGCUUCAAAAGGCAUCUCAAAUGGGUUCAAGCUCCGCUACUACUUCAAGCAACAACAAUGGAUCCUCAUUGUUGAUGAGAAGCUUUGUUAGCUCUUCUUCAAGUAAUACUACUAGUGGUAGUGGUGCUAGCUUUGGUGGUAUAUAUGGAGAAAGUUUAAACCACGAGAGUCAUCUACAAGACCUAAUGAACUCAUUUGCUGCAGCUUCUGGUAAUUCUUCCAUAUUCGGAGAAAACCCAUUUGUUUCUUACAACCCUAAUGACAACAAAGCUGGUUCAGAUCAAGAGAACUAUAAUGUGAAUUUGAGCUCUGGCGGUGGGUCAGACAGGUUGACCAGAGACUUUCUAGGUGUUGGUCAAAUUGUUAGAAGCAAGAGUGGUACUGCUGGAGGAGCUGGUCAACAUAUUCAACAACCACAUCAGCAUGGCAUUGAAAUAGGUUCCUCCUCCUCCUCCUUGAAUUCAGAGAGCGAAUAUUAAUAUUACUCCGCCGACAACCAUAAUUUUCAGUGAAGAAGAAAAUCAAAGAAGGUUAGAACUAAAGUACAGGCAUGGUGAGCUUUUUUGGAUGGUAUGGAAGUGCGAAGCUUUUGUAGAGACAGUUUAUAAUUGCCGCACGCGCGUUUUUGUGCUUUUUUUUUUCUAUAACUGGUCAUAUUUUGGAUGUUGACUUCUAUUGCAACCUUUUGAAUUAGUUAUCAACUUUUUUAAUUCCUAGCCUUUUAUGAAGCUUUUUAUUUGAUAUGCCUUUACCAAGCUUUUUCUUGAGUGUUCAUGAUGCACAUUGAAAUAUUUGAUUUUGAUAUUUUAAAAUAUGUAU